UAGUGAAGAUAAGUCUACUGAGUGACGACUGACGCAGAGAGAGAGAAAGAGAGAGGGAGAAAAAAGAGAGCUUGUGGUGUGUAUCACCGAUUUUGCAAAUAGUGUCCGAUAUUCUCGACAAUUCCGACUCAUUCGGUUAACAAAAAUAGUACGUAGCAUCGCUGCGAGCAACUACGAAGUCAUAAUUGUUAAAUAGAGCGAACGAUAGAUUCUACGGCGGCGUUAAAUCGAGAGCGCUGUGACAUGGGUUCCAACAAACGUCACAAAACUGAAAAAUCUCGCGAUGCCAAGAAGAAGCGUCAUCGCAGCCGUUCUAGGAGCUACACGCCCGACCGCGAAAAGUCGGAGAAACACAGACACCAUAAGAAACACAGGAGGAAAGAGCGCAAAGACUACGACAGCGACGUUGAGAUUGUUAAUGCUCCGCCGCCACCAAAAAUAUCAAAGUCGUCGCAUCCAUCAACGCCUCCCCCGCCUGAGAUUUCUAAACAGCGCAGUCCAUCCCCUGCUAAAGGUGGGGCAUCGCAAGUCUCAUUAUCCAUUGAGGACACCAACAAACUUCGUGCAAAGUUGGGAUUAAAACCAUUGGAAGUAGAUAGUACAUCCAAAGAUGACCCUAGCAAAAUCAAAGAUGAUCUGGGCGAGUUUUAUCAUAAACCUGCACUUAACAAUAGUGACAAGAUAAAGGCACAAAAACUGAGAGAAAAGAUAGGUGUUCAGAAGGAAAAGAGACAAAUUGAGACAAAUUUGUCAAAAGUAAAGGCUUUGGGUGAAUGUGAUUCGGAUGAUGACACUCAUGCAUGGAUCAAUAAAUCUAGACAACUGGAAGAAGAAAAAAAGAAAGCAGAAAUGAGAGCAAAGGUGCUGGAUCAAUUAGAUGAAGAAUUCGGAAUCAGUAAUUUGGUUAAAGAGGAAAUACAUAUUGCUCGCAACACAGCGUAUACAGAGAAAGACUUAAAAGGCCUUAAAGUCGAGCAUAAUAUUGAAACAUUUGAGGAAGGCAAAACUGUAAUCCUAACGUUGAAAGAUCAAGAAGUAUUAAAUGAAAAUGAUGAUUUACUUGUAAAUGUAAAUAUGAUCGACAAUGAACGCUACAAACGUAGUGUUUUAAAUAAGAAUAAGAAACCUACGUAUGACCCAUACGCCGAUGAAAAUUUUGAUGAAUAUGGAUUCCCCAAAAAUACGAUUUUAGAAAAAUAUGACGAGGAAAUCGACGGUGAGAAAAAAGAUAAUUUUGUAUUGGGUGCUAAUAAUGCGGUGGAAUUUAAACGACAUCAGGUAGAGACAGUGAAACAACGUUUAGCGAAUAAAAAACUAGAAUCGCUACAAAUGGUAGAACCAAAAUUAGCAAGCGAAUAUUACAAUGAAGAGGAACUUGCAAAAUUCAAGAAACCAAAAAAGAAGAUUCGGAAAAUUAGAACAAAAAAGAAACUAAAGGCUGACGAUUUAGUUCCUGUGGAUAAUGAUUAUCUCAGGGAUCUUGGAAGUAGGAGAAGAAAAAAACCGGAAGAUUUAAAGGAUAACGAUACUUUAGAUGUCGAUGAUUUAGAAGCUCCUGAGGAAGAUCUUACUGGGAUAAAACUCGAAGAAGACGAUAAAGAAUUGGAGUUACAAUUAGCUUUAAAGAAAACUCAGCGUUUGAAGGAAGGACAUUCAGCUGAUAUCCAGAAAACUGUAGAAACAAUAAAGCAAGAAAUUCUUAACUCCGAGGAAAAUCAAUCUGGAAAUAUCGUUCUUAAUUCUACUGCAGAAUUUUGUAGAACCUUGGGUGAUAUACCCACUUAUGGACUCGCUGGAAAUAGAGAGGAAAAUGGACAAGAACUCAUGGAUUUCGAAAUUGACGGAAUUAAAGAUGAGCCACCUGCAAACGAAGAGGAGGAUGAUGGUCGUGGUGCCUGGAACACAGUGCAUUUAGGUAUUUCACAUAUUGAUGAGAAUAUCACGGAACCAGUUGUAAUGGAGGCAGCAAUUCUAGACGCCGAGCCAUCGCUCGGUCAAGGGGUAGGUGGAGCUUUAAAGUUGGCUAUGAGUAAGGGUUACUUGCAGAAAGAGGACAGCAAUCGCCCUUCAGCGUCACGAUUCGCACAUCUGCAAGCUCAGAAUUAUUCGAUAGAGGACAAAACGUACGGGGAUGAUGACAAGUUCGGCAGAAGAGAUCGCUUUAAUGGACCGACAUCUGAUUUUAAGGAAAAGGAAGGGUUUAAACCAAAUGUUAAACUCGAAUAUAUUGAUGACGAUGGGCACGUCUUGUGCGCUAAGGAAGCUUUUCGAUACCUGUCGCAUAAAUUUCAUGGGAAAGGUCCAGGAAAAAAUAAGGUUGAGAAAAGAAUGAAAAAAGCCGAACAAGAAGUUUUAAUGAAACGAAUGUCUUCAACAGACACACCUUUAGGUACAUUAAAUUUAUUGCAAGCGAAACAAAAGGAAACACAAUCACCGUAUAUAGUGCUCAGCGGCAGUAAACAAAUGCAAACAACCAGCAUAGCUAAAACAAAACAUUAAGGAAUAAUAAAUGCAUACAAGGAUGAAAAUUGUAUAUAAUCUUACAUGUGUAUAAUGUAGCAUCUGGAAAUAAAAGCUGGACUCACAAUUUGAUGUAAAGAUUAUAAACUAGAAAUAAAAAGAAAAUUACGUUUUUUUUUCACCUAAUGAAUUAUGAGCAUACAAUAAAUACUCAGUUAUUUAUGACUCAAAAUUAAUCAGUUUUGCACCUGUAGCUGUAUUCGACUGUAAUGUAUCAUUGAAAAAAUAACAGUUGAGAAACUACUAAUUUUAUAGAUAUUACUUUAUACAAUAAAGCAUACUUGGCAAGUA